AGCAGGGCUGUGCUCCAUCCUUGUAUCCUCAUCUUGAACCGGUAGUUUGGGCUGCCACAACCCAGGGGCAGAGCUUGCACUUGGCUUUGUUGAGCCUCAUGAGGUUCUCCUGGGCCCACCGCUCAGCCUGCCGAGGUCUCUGUGAUGGCAUCCUAUCCACGGGCCGUGCUGACUGCGCCACACAGCUCGGUGUUGUCUGUGAACUGCUGAGGGCGCACUCGAUCCCACUGCCAGCACUUAAGGAGUACCGGUCGCAGAUACCGACCCCUGAGGGACCCCACUUGGCACUGAUCUCUACCCGGACACGGAGCCACUGACAACCGGUCCUCGUCCACUGAACGGUUAUCUUUCCAAUCUGGAGAGAAGGACGUUAUGGAGGACCGCCUCAGCGGCCUUACUGACGUCCAGCCGGAUGACAUCAGUGGCUCUUCUGUCGUCCACUGAUGCAGUCUCAGCACCACGGAAGGCCUCUCGGUUGUUCAGGCAGGACCUGCCCUUGGCGAAUCCCGUCUGUACGAUGGUUUGGUCGGAAGCUGCUCCAAGGCAGCCCCGGUCCCGCUGCCAGGCCCGGUCCGGCAGCCCGCCUCCUAGCCGGCCGCCACGGAACACGACGGACGCGGCGGCCGAGCCCGCGGGGCGCGUCGGAGGACUCUCGGCCCCGCUCGGCUCCCGUCGGCACCGCCCGCCGCGCACGCCCCCGCCCGCCCACCCGGAAGCGGCGCCGAGCCGAGCCGAGCCCGGGGUGGGACGGCGGCCGUGGUUAUCCGGUGGCGGCGGGGGGAUCGCGCCGCGGGGCGCCCCCUCGCGGGCGGGCGGACGCGCCGCGCCGAUCCCCGCGUCCCUCGGCGAGCCCCGCAGCGCCGGCCGGCAGCAUGGUGAACGAGAGGCGCGAGGGCGGGCUGCUGGUGCACCUGGGCCCCCAGCUGCAGGCCUACCCGCAGGAGCUGCUGCGGCAGCGGCGCGGCCCCGACGGCGCCCCGGAGUACCUGGUGCGGUGGCGCGUGGUCGGCGCGGAGGAGCGGGCGGCGGGCGGCGGCGGCGGCGGCGGCUCCUCCGCGGGGCUCCGCUCGGAGAGCGUGGCCAUGUGGCUGUCGGCGGAGGAGGUCCGCGCCGGCUGCCCGGCGCUGCUGGGCGGGGGGGAGCGGGCGGGGCCGCGGGCGAAGGAGGAGAGGGCGCCCGGCCCGCCGCCCGCGCCGCCGGACGAGGCCUCGCUGCUGGAGAUGAAGGCCGACGUCGGGAGCCUGGUGCGGCGAGCCGGCCGGCAGCUGGCCGGCAGCGGGACCCCCGCGUCCUCCGUCCUCAACACCAUCCGCGUGCUGAGCGCGUACGCCGGCAUCGGCGCGCUGGCGGGCGCCUUCAAGGAGACGGGAGCCCUGGAGCUGCUGAUGGAGAUGCUGUGCCACGAGGAGAAGCCGAUCUGCCGCGGCGCCGGCGAGAUGCUGAGGGCUCUGGCUUCGCACGACGCAGGGAGCUGGGCUUAUGUCCUGCUGUCUCUGAGCCAGCAGGAUGGCAUCGAGCAGCACAUGGACUUUGACGGCCGUUACACCUUGCUGGAGCUGUUUGCUGAGACAACAUCCUCUGAAGAGCACUGCGUGUCCUUUGAGGGCAUUCAUCUCCCCCAGAUCCCCGGGAAGCAACUGUUCGCCCUGGUGAAGCGCUACCUGUGCGUCACUUCUCUCCUGGACAAGCUCAGCGGCGGUGAGGAGCAGAGCGAGGAGUGGCAGGCGAGCAGCCGCGUGAAGCAGGAGUUUGAGUUCAGCAUGGCUAUGGCAAACCUCAUUGUGGAGCUGGUGCGCGUGAUGGGCUGGGACCACAGCCACAAGCCGGAGCCGCCAUCCCAGCAGGAGACGAAGCCUCGCACCGCCCGCCCCAUCUUCCAGCGCCAGCCCACAUCCUCCAGCGCUGCUCCAGCAGCCCCCGCUCCUCCGCCAAAUGAGCCCAGCACCUUCAAGACACGCUCGGCCUUCCCAAGCCGUAGCAGCUAUGUGGAGUACGUGCAGGCAAACCUGGCGCACGGCAUGCGGGUGCGCAUGCUGGAGGACUACGAACAGGUCAGCGCAGGUGAUGAGGGUGAAUUUCGCCAGAGUAAUGAUGGCACGCCGCCUGUGCAGGUGUACUGGUAUGCCUCAGGCUGCACAUACUGGGUUCACUGGCACAUGGUGGAGAUCAUUGGCUUUUCUGGGCAGGAGGAGCAUGAGGGACGAGAGAAGGUGUCUACCGUGAGAUACAGCCACAAGCUGGCAGCAGCCACACAGCCACUUUUCUCCAAGCCCCCGGGGGGGCUGUACUCGCUGCCUUACCUGGGGCAGCAGCCGAGCAGAGCUGCAGCCACCCUGAGCCGUGCUGAGUGGUGGGAGCUGCUCUUCUUUGUGAAGAAGCUGGAAGCGCAGCAGCAGGAGGAGAUCGUCCGACUCAUCUGGCAGGAGCACACUGAGCAGCUGUCAGAGCCGUCCGAGGACGCCCUGCUGCAGCUGCCGGUCCCUGCGGAGCUGGCCCAGAAGGUGCUGCAGGCCCUGGAGAAGCGGCUUCAGGGCAGCGCUCAGAGCGAGCUGCGCAGCUCCCGUGUCUACGCCAAGUACUUGCCGGGGAGUGGGGCCGAGCAGCGCGGCGGGGGCAGUGCCACGGUGUCCUCAGAAGGCGAAGACUCCAGAGCUGUGCCGGCCGAGGUGGCGAAGGAAGAGCUCUCCGCAGCCACGGCCCUCAGGUCGGAUUCCCAGCUGUUCUGUGAGCUGCUGGAGAGGGAAGGGCUGCGCUUCCCGCAGGCUGCAGAGCAGAGCGAAGCGUGGGGCGGCUGCGAGGGCGGCUGCCUGGCCGAGGUGCAGCGUGUGGCGGAUGCGAUCCUGCGUGGUGACUGCGAGGCAGAGCUGCGCGUGGCCGGGCUGCGGCACGUGGUGAAGGUGCUGGAGGAGGCCCCGGAGCAGGAGCAGCACGGCGGCAAGGCCCAGGGCGGGCCGGGGACCAGGGAGAAGCUGGUGAAGGCGGUGGUGGAGCUGCUGAGCAGCGAGGAGACUGAGCCGUGCCCGGCGGCGCUGGUGCUGCGGCUGGUGGCCCUGCUGAUGGAGAGGUGUGACUGCUGUGUGCCCUUCGCCACAGAGGGCGGCGUGCGGGCGAUGCUGGCCUGCAUGCGGCAGCACGCGACCUCCGCCCUGGUGCAGCAGGCCGGCCUGGCGGCCCUGAAGGUGCUGGUGGGAGCCGGAGGUGCCGGCGGGAAGCCUUCGCUGCUGAGCCGCGCCGACGCACAGAUGAUGCGGGAGAUCUUUGCCAGCAUCGGCUCUGCCUGCGGCGAGGGCUCACCUGGCCUGCUGGGUGCCAUCCCCGCUGCCAUCCGUGCCAUGCAGGGCGUGCCAGGGGGCUCCUCGGGCGUGCGGAACGGGCUGCUGGUGGUGAAAAUGCUGGUGGAUGGGCACCGAGGCCUGGCGGAGCAGCUGGUGGGCUGUGAUCUCCCUGUGGUGCUGCAGAGCUGCUGGCGGGCCGGGCGGGACGCCGGCUGCCCCAACGCCAUGCUGGCCCUCGGCGUCAUCAACCGCCUGGCGGAGCACCGGCUGCCCUGCGGCCCUGAGAUUGCAGGCGCCGAGGCCCUGCUGCUGGAGGCGAGGGGGGCACAGGCACCCGCAGGCGGCCUGUGGGACGGCGCGCUGCCCGAGGACGUGGUGGUGGCCCUGGAGCGGCAGCUGUGCGGCGUGGCCGCCAUUCCUGCGGGUGAGGCAUCCCGGCAGCUGCAGGAGCGCCGCUGCUUCCGUCCGCUGCUGCGCAGCCUCGAGCUGCCGGGGGCGGAGAAGGCCGUGGGGCUGCGGAUCAUCAGAAUCCUGAGCGCGUUCCUGGACGGUUACCGGGAGGACGCGCUGCCCUGGCAUGAGUGCGCGGAGCCGUGCCUGUCCUUCCUGAGCGCUCACAGCGGCGACCGCGAGGUGGCGCAGGAGGCGGUGGGCUUCCUGCACCGCCUGGCUACCGCCAGCAAAGACUGCGCCGUGGGGAUGUGCCGUGCGGGCGCCCGUGAGGCUGUGGCCAAAGCCCUGGACAAGCACGGCCCGGCCCUGCCGCUGGCGCCUGCCCUGCUAGAGCUGGUGAGCGACUGCGAGAGGCACGCCGCGCUCUACAGGAAGCUGACGGGCAGCAUCUUGGCCGGCUGCAUCCAGGUGGUGCUGGGGCAGAUCGAGGAGCACCGCCGCAGCCAGCGGCCCAUCAGCGUGCCCUUCUUUGAUGUCUUUCUGCACAACCUGUGCCGAGGCUCCAGCGUGGAGGUGAAGGAGGACAAGUGCUGGGAGAAGGUGCAGGUCUCCUCCAACCCGCACCGUGCCAGCAAGCUGACGGACAGGAACCCCAAGACCUACUGGGAGUCGAACGGCAGCACCGGCUCCCACUACAUCACCAUCCACAUGCAGUGCGGGGUGGUGGUCAGGGAGAUGAGCAUGCUGGUGGCCAGCGAGGACUCGAGCUACAUGCCGGCCCGUGUGGUGGUGCUGGGGGGGGACAGCCCCGCCGACGUCCGGACGGAGCUGAACGCGGUGACCGUCCUGCCCUCGGCCAGCAGGGUGGUGCUGCUGGAGAACAUGACUCGCUUCUGGCCCGUCAUCCAGAUCCGGGUGAAGCGGUGCCAGCAGGGCGGCAUCGACACGCGUGUGCGUGGCAUCGAGGUGCUGGGGCCCAAGCCCACCUUCUGGCCCAUCUUCAAGGAGCAGCUGUGCCGACGCACGUUCCUCUCCUGUAGUGCUCGGGCGCACACCUGGUGCCAGGAAAUCCACCGGGAUCGGGGGCAGCUGCUGCAGCUCUUUGGCAAGCUGAACCGGGCAUUGCAGCACGAGCAAGACUUUGCCGACCGCUUCCUUCCUGACGAUGAGGCGGCCCGAGCCCUGGGCAGGACGUGCUGGGAGGCCCUGGUGACCCCCGUGGUGCAGAGCAUCACCAGCCCAGACCCCAGCGGCAUCAGCCCUCUGGCCUGGCUGCUGGGCGAGUACGUGGGGAGCGCAGAGCCGCCCCGCGGUGACGCCUUCGGUUCCUGUGUGCGGCUCCUGACCCAACUCCUGGUGCACGUGGACACGGGCGGUGCGGAGCCGGAGGAGGCGGGAGCAGCCGCAGGUGGGAAGGAGGGCAGGAAGAAGGAGACGCCGGGCCGGGUGGCGGUGGCGGUGAAGUCUGGCGGCCUGUGGGACAUGGUGCGGUGCUGGCGUGGCGUGGUGCAGCAGCAGGUGCAGCGGUUCCUGGAGAUGUCAGGGCAGGCACCGGACGUCGUGGAGGGGUACUGCGCGCUGUACCGGCGCCUGCGCGGUGCCACGGAGGAGCUCUUUGGGCAGCAGGCCGCCUUCGUGGCAGCCGUGGGCCAGGGCUUUGCCGGGGCUCUGCUGCAGCUCUCCUUCCUGACCGCCCUGCACGUGAGCGAGCGGUUCGCCCGCUACCUGGACAGGAAGGUGCGGGAGCUGCACGGGGCCGCGGGCGGCGCGGGGCAGCUGCAGCAGAUCCUGGAGCCCUUCGUCGUCUUCGGCGGCCUGGAGUUUGCCCACACCUUCGAGCACUUCUACCGGCUGUACCUGGGGGACCGGCUGCUGGCGCAGGGGCCCUCCUGGCUGGAAGGGGCGGCGGUGGAGCAGAUGGGGCUGUGCUUCCCCCGCCGCUUCCCCCAGGAGAUGCUGAGCGACCUGGCGGCGUCGGAGGAGCUGCGGCGGCACUUCGGCCUCUUCCGGCUGCAGGAGCGGGACCGGCGGCUGCUGGAGCGGGGCCUGGGCACGGAGAGCCCCGAGGCUGAGGUGCCGGGGGAGGCCCCUGCAGCCGAUGCGCUGGAGGUGGAGGUGCUGGUGCUGUCCCCGCGCUGCUGGCCCGUGUCCCCGCUGUGCUACGUGGAGGAGCCGCGGAGGUUCUUCCCGGCGGCGCUGAGCUCCCCGCUGGAUGAGUUCGCGGACUUCUGGCGGCACAGCCAGAGCCGGCCGGGCUGGGUGUGCUCGAGGCCCCGGCGGCUGCAGUGGACGUGGCUGGGCCACGCCGAGCUGCGUUUUGGAGACUGCGUCCUCCACGUGUCCACGCUGCAGAUGUACAUCCUGCUGCGCUUCAACAGCGCUGAGGAGGUGGCGGUGGAGGCCCUGUUGCAGGCGACGGGGCUCCCUGCUGAGCUGGUGCACCAGGCCCUGGCCCCGCUGACCCACGGUGAUGGCAUCCUGGUGCAGAGCUGCACACAGGGGGGUUGCAUCCUGGGGCUCCUUCAGGGACCAGCUUGGGGCCUGGCUGACCGUGGGCCGGGUGCAGCUCCAGGUGCCCUGCGGCUGAACCGGGCAGCCCUGGCCCAUGCCUCUGGCCGCCACCUGAGGCUGCUGCCCCGGCAGAGGUACCUGCGGGCAGAGAGGGCUGAGAGCAGUGCCUUGGAGAGGAAGAGGAAUGUCCUCUGCUGCCUCAUCACCCGCAUCCUCAAGGCGGAAAAGCAGCUGCACAUCGACAACCUGGUGUUUAAGGUGAUCGAUGCCUGUGAGAAGGGUGAGCUGGGGCUGGGCCAGCAGUUCCUGAGCUUCUGCUGUCACAGUGUGGACGUGCUGUCCUGUGUCCUGCACCUGCUGAACCAGGGCUACCUCCGGCGCCAGGACGAGAGGCCUCAGGUCCUGGAGUACGUCUCUGCUGAGCCCCCACCAGCCCCAUCCCAGGCCCAGCCCCAGGUUGCCUUCCAGACAGUAGAGAUCAAGACAGCAGCAAACCCCGCCUCUGCUGAAAGGAGACAGACGUUCUCCACCUUCCGGUAGAGGACUGAGGUGGCAGGGCACGAGCUGAGCCCAGCCCAUCAAUUCCAAAGGACUUGGGGCUUUUUUGGGAAUAAACAAGCCUGGCUGCA